CAGAAAGAAGAACACAGAGUACUGUGUAAAAGUUGAAGAUUGGGACAGGAAAUGUCAUGAGCUAUAUGCAAAUAAUUUAUUUCUAAUCCCAUUUCACUUUUGGAAGGAAGGCACGUCACAUGCCAGGAGCUCCACAGGAUUGAAGAUUACUUCCUUUGUCAAACACAAAGACAGCUAUCCACUACAAAAUGACAAUCAUUAAUUUAGGGACUUCAAAUGAUUCACUCCUCUACAGCUUUACAGAGAGUACAAGCACUGUAAAUACAACACUGGAGCCCAACACCACCACAUGCGUUAUAAACGAUGACUCUAUGAGCAUUCCUUUAGCCUUGGUCUACUCACUCAUGUUUGUCUUUGGACUGUUAGGAAAUGUCUUAGCCCUGUAUGUCUUCCUCUGCGUCCACUCAAAGAAGAACUCUGUCCAUGUUUUCCUUGUCAACGUAGCUGUUGCUGACCUAAUCCUGAUUAUCUGCUUGCCUUUCCGCAUCAUCUACCACAGCACCAAAAACCAGUGGAUGCUGGGCCAGACCUUCUGUAAAGUGGUCGGCAACAUGUUCUACAUGAACAUGUACAUCAGCAUCACCCUGCUUGGGUUCAUCAGUGUGGACCGAUACAUCAAAAUCCAACGCUCUGUACAGCAGUACAAACUGCAGAAGACCAAAUGGAGCAUCAUCACAUGUUGCAUCACCUGGGGUAUGGCCAUUGCUUUCAUUAUACCCAUGAUCAGCAAACCAGAAGGCAACGAGAAGGACAGUAAAUGUUUCCAAUACAAGGGCAGACAGAAUGCCAAAUGGAAAGCUUUCUUUAACCUUGCAAUGGUUGUCGUCUUUUGGAUAGUUUAUAUUUCUCUAAUGCUCUCUUAUGGUCAAAUUGCUAAGAAGCUUUUCAAACUUUCUAUGGAGAAAUCAGACCUGCCCAAUUCCUACAAGUAUAGACGAACGGCAAAAAAAUCAUUUUUUGUGCUUUUUAUCUUUACGGUGUGCUUCGUUCCAUAUCACAUCUUUCGUGUAAUCUACAUCUGGUCCCAGAUCUAUGGCACUACCUGCUACUGGAUGAACAUCAUCGACAAAACCAAUGAGGUGGCCCUGCUCUUCUCCACUCUAAACAGUUGCCUGGAUCCAGUCAUGUUCUUUCUGCUGUCAGGCUCUGUGCGCAAGAUGACCGUCAGACUCCUGUGCAGAAACAUUCCAUCAUAUGCAAGUACAACCAACAGCUCCACCACAGAGCACCAGCAAGCGAAAGCUUCCCAGGCGACCAGUAGCACUCGGGCGAGUUUCAGCAUAAUUCAUUCAUUCCUCCAGAAACGGUCAAUUACAGGAAUCUAAAGGGACCUUCAACAUCUGCUGGAAAUCCUCAGCUCCUAAAAACAGGAACAUGACUUUGCUAAAAACUAGCUUGACUCCUGGUGGAACAGUGUGAGACACUCCUAAUGUACUAUAAGGUUGAAAACAAACUUUUAAAAACAACAAGACAAUGAAACUGUCUAUCCUUGACAGAUUUAUACUGGGUUAAAUGGUCUGCUUAAAACGAUAGUAACGUCCAUUCUGUAAAGGAAUGAAAGACAUUAAAACAUGGAAUAUAAAACAAACUACCUGUAUAUAAACAUGGAAUAUAAAACAAACAACUACCUGUAGAUAAACCUGACUGAACCAGCAUCUCGUGAAAUAUGACAUGCUAAGGCAAAGGAAAAUUUAACAGAGAGGAAUAACAAUAACAUAAAUUUAACUCUAUUACCUACCAAGAAACUAUUCAGAACAAUUGGUGAACUGUCCUUAUGUUUUUUCUUGCUAGAUUUAUACUCACUCGAUCACACGAGUACAUGAAAAUUAAUUAAGUAUUUGAAUAGCAAAAUACAUAUUUGUGUACAGAAAAAGGCUAUUUGCGAUUCAUGUUUAUUUGCCGUAUCUUUCAAAAAAGAUGGGCGUGUGUCUGUCAUUUUUCUACAAGCUAAAAAACAGGUACAGCUAUUGGCUAAAACAAACACAUGGACAAAGGUGAAGCAGAAAAAAUGGCUACUGGUAAGUUUAAACCAACCUCAAAUAGGGAGUUCAGUGUGGAAGUAUUUUGACCAGCAAGAUGAGAAUACAGUACAGUGUAAUAUCUAUACAACAUCACUGGUAUACCACAAAUCAACUGCUAACAUGAUUAACCACUUGAAAUACAAACACCCAACAGCUGCCUUAAAAGAAAGCGAAGAUGGCGGAACAAAACAAACGACAAUUACAUAUUUUGCUUGCAGCCGACGCCACUGUGAUAGAUUCGGAGAAAACAACGGAUCUCAUCGCAAAAAUGACAGCGAAGGACAUGCUUCCAAUAAGCUUUGUACACGGUGAGGGAUUUCGGGAGCUGAUGGGAUUUAUUGAGUCAGAAUAUGUUGUGCCAACACAUAAAACCGGAACUGCUAGACUUGAAAAAAAUAAAAGAUUGUGUCACUGCUGUUAGUGAGAAAUUGGAAGCUGCAGAAAAAGAGGCAAUUACAACUGAUUCAUGGACUGCAUUAAAUACCGAGUCCUAUGUGACUAUUAUAUGCCAUUACAUUACCGAUUGGAAACUACAAAGCGCUGUGUUGCAAACUCGAGCUACGACUGACAGGCAUACUGCAGAAAACCGUGCAAACUUGCUGAACAUAGCUACUGAAGUGUGGGAUAUUAGAAACAAAGUUGUUGUUGCAUUCAUGACAAUGACGCUAAUGUAGUUUUAGCAAACACUGAAUUUCCUGACUGUGAGUCAAGUCCAUGUUUUGCACACACCUUACAGUUGGCUAUUAAUGAUGGCUUCAAAGUUGGUAGUGUCAAUCAAGUCAUAAGUGGUGCAAGCCGUUUAGUAUCACACUUUCAUCACAGCAUGGUUGCUAGUAAGGCUUUACAAGCAAAACAGCAACAGCAGAACGUGCCUGAACAUCACCUUGUGCAAUAUUGUCGAACACGCUGGAACUCGGUGAUAUGUUUGAGCGUCUACAGGAACAAAGAUGGGAAAUUUCUGCUGUAUUAUCUGACAGAAAUUUCACAAAAUUGGCUGAUGCACGUACACUCGAGCUGACCGAUGGAAACUGGCAGAUAAUUGAGGAGCUUCUGCCGGUUUUACAGACCUUGAAAUGCGCAACAACUGCUCUUUCUGGGGAAUCAGAUGGGUCCAUCUCAAUGGUGUACCCCAUUAUUACCACACUGCUGUCAAAGCAUUUGAGAUGUGUGCCUGGUGAAUGCCACAAGGUGAUGCGGUUCAAAACAGCAGGUUACAGAAUCACUUGAAACGUGAAUGGCAGUGUCAAGCUUAGAAACAGCUGGAAAAGUAGCACUGAUUGCGACAGCAUUGGACCCACGACAUAAACACUUAAAAUGUGUUGAUCCCAAUAUACGGCUGGCUGGAAGAGCCAAGUUAGGGGAACUUGUUUCCUGUCUACCAACGAACAGAGACAUUUCAGAAGCACCAUGUCAGGUCAUUUCACUGGAUCAGGAUGCGCUUCUAUGGUGGAGGACAAACAAAUGUCGUUUCAAGAAGCUUGGAGCAUUAGCGGAGGCAUAUUUGUGCAUUCCUGCAACUUCUGUCCCAGCAGAGAGGGUGUUUUCAACUGCAGGACUUAUAGUAAACAUGCUACGCAGUCGUCUCUCGUCUGAACAAGAAUAUGUAAAUGUAAAUCUAAUAUGUAAGAAAAACAGGAAUGGUUUUGGUGCCAACUGUCUGUUAUACUUUUUUUUAGUUAUACUUCGCAAUUUUUUUCUCUACGGAUAAAAGAAAUGUGGUCAUAUACUUUCGUUACGGAAUUUUGGAUUUUUCUUAAGAAAGGAGAAACAAUUACUUGGACUUGCAAACUAAAGGCAAACAAUAAACAUGUUAUAGUUUUUAUUUCAUGCAAAGUAAUUAUUAAAAUGGGCAAAAAAGGAUUAAUGGAUUUAAAAAAAAAAAUUGUAAAGACAGUGUCAACAUUUUUUGACAUUGGACUGCAGAUUAUUUUAAAAAAAUGCAUUGCCUACUUUGUUUUUAAUUGAAAAACACACAAGAUUUAACUACUGUAGUUUGUAGUCAAUUCACAAGGUUAAAAUAAGGCCUUUCUUACUUUUGGGAUAUUUUUCUGCUUAAUACAGUGUUUCAUACAAUGGCUUUGAUAAAGUUUUGAAAAUGAACGAAUAUCCGAACGCAUAUCUAAAUCUCGAACCAAUAUCUCAACAUGAAAAUUCCAUGUUUGUCCGAGCACUAGUUUUAAAAACAGUGUAUUUAUUUAUUUCUUCUUCUGCAUCAUCAGGCUUCACAGUACUGUAUUCUAUAUUCAUAUUUGAAAAAUAAACAAAUAAUAAAUAAA